AUGUCCGAACAAGUGGAGCAGCUGAAGGCGACGGUGAACACGCUGGAGAAGAGAAUCGAGGACCUGGAGUCGCGGUUAAAGGGCAAUGGCUCGUCUUCUGGUGGCAGCGGUGCCGACGCUGAGAGCAUUCGCAUGAUCCUGAUUGGACCUCCUGGUGCCGGAAAGGGAACCCAGGCGCCGAAGAUCAAGGAGAAGUUUGGCUGCUGUCAUUUGGCUACGGGAGACAUGUUGCGCGCGCAGGUCGCUCAGAAGACCGACCUGGGCAAGCAGGCGAAGAAGAUCAUGGAUGAGGGCAAGCUGGUCUCCGACGAGAUCAUGAUUGRCAUGAUUGAGAAGGAGCUUGAGAACAACAAGGAGUGCAAGAACGGAUUCAUCCUCGAUGGUUUCCCACGAACUGUCGUGCAAGCGCAGAAGCUUGAUGGCAUGCUUACAGCAAAGCAGCAGAAGCUCAAGCACGCUAUUGAGCUUAAGAUCAACGAUGACCUCCUUGUUGCACGUAUCACCGGUCGCUUGGUCCACCCAGCCUCUGGCCGCUCUUACCACAAGAUCUUUAACCCACCAAAGAAAGACAUGACCGAUGACGUUUCGGGCGAGCCACUGAUCCAGCGAUCCGACGACAAUGAGGCCGCGCUCAAGAAGCGACUAGGGACGUACCACGAACAGACCGCACCAGUUGUGGACUACUACCGUAAGACGGGCAUCUGGACGCAAUUGGAUGCGAGCAAGCAGCCCGGCGAGGUGUGGAAGAACAUGCUCAAUGUCUUUGAGCAGGGUGGCUCCAGCAGCGGCGGUCUGCUGAACAGGCUCGGGCUGAAGAAUUAG